AUGAAAAUCGAACCAACUUUAAUACUUCUAAAGCCAAAGGAUACAGAAAAACUUAAGUGGAAGAAAGCUUUAUCUAAUUAUUUACAGAAGUCAUAUGGUCAACUUCAAUGGAAGCAGUUUUAUGAUGAAAAGCUAGCAAAAGAUUUAGAUCAUUUGAGAGUCACAGCCAACAGUGACUUGGUUGAUCAAUCUCUAUUAGAACUUAACUAUAAGUAUUAUGCAUUUAUUGAGCACUUAUAUAUGAGAAUUGGUGCAUCAGGUUCAAAGUUAAACAUGGAUUUUACAUGGUACGAAGCCAGUUAUUCGCCAGAAGAUUCUGUUACUAAACAUUCACAACAUAGUGUUAUUUUUGAAAAAGCUUGUACUUUAUUCAAUAUUGGUUAUCUUUUAAUUCAAAUAGCUAAAGAAAAUUUGAUAGAUGAUCCAAAAGUAUCCAUUUCAAAUUUAUCUAAAGCUGCUGGGUGCUUUGAAUAUAUAUCUUCAAAUUUUUUAAAUUCUCCUUCCAUUGAUUUGAACUCAGACAUCACAAAAUUUUUGGCUACUGUAUGCCAUGCUGAAGCCCAAGAAUUAUUUUUAAUGAAAUUACUAAAGGGAGAUGAUCCAAAAUCUAAGUCUUCUUUAAUCAGUAAGUUGUCCCUAUGUACCUCAAAUAUGUAUGGAAAUUCUUUGGCAAUGAUAAAAGAUACUGAUUUGAAAGUUAGAGAUUACGGUUUAAUUACAUGGAAUACUAAUAUUCAUUUCAAAGAGCUGUUUUAUAAAUCUGUCAGUGCAUAUUUCCAUUCGGUUGCUUUAGAAGGACAAAACAAAAUAGGGGACGCAAUUGCAUUUAGUACUUUAGCCAUUGACCUCGCAAAAUCAUCUAUUCCAUAUAAAUCUCUUCUUAAAACUGAAUUUGAUGUCGAAGAGUUUUUAGAAACAGUAACCAACCAUUCCUCACAAUUAAUUAAAGAUAAUGAUUAUAUUUAUCAUGAACCAAUCCCUUCAAGUGUAGAAAUCACAAAUAUAAAAAUAAUGGAUGCUAUUAAAGUUGCAAGUUGGGAAAAUCAACUAGAACCUUAUUUAAGGGAAACUGAAGGAGAUGCUAAUGUUUUGUUUAGUGGCAUUGUACCAAUGAAGGUUUACGAAAAGGAAAGUAUAUAUUCUGAAGCAAAAGAUAAUAUUUUGAGAAAAGAAGCUGAAGCCAUAGAAAUGGCCGACUUAUCCUUCAGUUCUUUCGUAGAAUUUACCAACUUACCUUCACUAUUAAAUGACUUAGUUAAUGGUUACAAGACAGGAAAUUAUUUGACUUCUAAUGAAACUCAGGAUGCAUUCAUGCAACAACAGUUAGAAUCUUGGGUCACAUUAAUAAGAACGAGUUCAUUGACUGAGAUUGAAAAGCAGAUUGAUUUAAUUUCAGAGAAAAGAUCUAAGAUUCAUGAAAUUUUGAAGAACCUACCAGAAUCAGAAAGGGAAAAUGUCGUCAAGUUGAAAACUUCUCUAAUUGAUGCCUCUCAAUCGGAUGAAAAAUUAUUCAACUUAAUCAAACCAAAUAUCCCUGAGAUAAAACUCUUACAAGAUGAAAACAAAUUAUGGGGUAUCUAUAAUGGUUUUGAAGAGAGUCAUGAAGACAGCUUAUUGGAUAUUGAUGAUAAUAAAAAUGAAAAAAUCUUAGAAAAAAUAAAUAAAGUAAAAGAAUUAUAUGAAAAUCUAAGGCUUUUAAAAGAAGAACGUUCUAGAAACUUCCAAGAAUUACAGGCAUACAUAAAUGAAGAUGACAUAACAUCUCUAAUCAUCAAAAACAUUAACAAAGGGGACUCGGAUUUGAAACUUAUAUUCAAUGAGGAAUUACAAAAGUUUAAUCCCUGGAAGGCAAGAAUUGAGGCCACAAUAUAUAAGCAAUCAUCAAUCAUCAAUGAAACAAAGAUAGAGCUAGAUGAUAUUUUCAAAUUGGCAGGUAUCCAUGAAAACAGUACCAAAAACAAUUUGGGAAAGGAAAAGAAGAAGGAAUUCUUUGAUAAAAUCAGAAAUGCUAUGGCUAACUUUGAAUUAUAUUCUGCUUCAAUCUCGAAGGGUAUACAAUUUUAUGAUGGACUAUUAAAAAUGACUCAACAAAUGCAAGAUAACACAACAUAUUCUUAUUCUACUCCUCAAACCAUUCCACAAAACCAAAUCCCUCCUCCAUUAAUUCCAAAACCAAACUCUAUUGAAUCGAGCUUUAGUAACUUGUCAAUGAACAAUAAACCACAACACACGAACACAUUUCCAACUCAAAGUAGUAUGACUAACCAUUCCCGCCCCGCAGUACCUUUACCAAGCAAUAUUGCUACUACCAUGCAGAGUAACCCACCAUUACCACCAAAAAACUUAUUACAAGAUAACUUACCACCAUCCUAUGAUAGUACUAUGAACCAUGGGGAAAGAUCAACAGGUACAAAUGAAAAUAAUGUCAGACAGAAUCCAACUGCAUUUUAUGAUAACCCUUCUGUAUUUAAUGAAGAAUUGUACUCAAAGUUCAGUAAGUAG